AUGGCGCAACCAAAAUGGGUUCAGCCCGCUGGACAGACCCACGAGCCUGGCCUGAAAGUCUACAACUCACUCACCCGCUCCGAAGUCGAAUUCGUCCCCCUUGAAAAGGGCCACGUUACCUGGUACUCCUGCGGUCCCACCGUCUACGACGAUGCCCAUCUCGGCCACGCUAGAAAUUAUGUGACCAUAGACAUCAUACGAAGGAUCUUGUCCGAUUAUUUCGGCUUCAAGGUGCAUUUCGUGAUGAACAUCACAGAUGUGGAUGACAAGAUUAUUCUGAGAGGACGACAACGGCAUUUGUACGACGCAUACAAAGAGUCGCAUUACUUCAUAGACGAUGCGGUCAGGAAAGAUGCGCACGAUGCGUGGUUAUUCUACAUCAAGAAGAAUCUCAAGAGAAUAUCUACAACCCCGCCCCCGCCUCCAGCGCACUUUGACUCGGUCAUUCAGCAGACCUAUGGCGACAUACUGGAUGGUGGUAGCCUUGAGCCUGGUCAGAAACCUGGUGAUGCCGAAGCCAAGGUCAAGAUGCAUAUCAACACCUCUCGAUCAGCUGCCAAAGCCCUGUCGGAGGACCCCAAGAUGCUAACGCCUCUGGACUUCUAUCGGCUAAUGAACGACCCAAUGUGCUUAGUACUUGAUGAGAAGGGCAAGGCCAGCAUACGAGGUGACGACCACGCCGUGUUCACGAAACUCACUAAAGAAUACGAGGAGCGGUUCUUCAGAGACAUGGACGACCUAAAUGUGUUAAGGCCUGAUGAGUUGGUGCGGGUGACUGAGUACGGCGAUGAGAUUGCAAACUACGUCAAGCAGAUUGUUGACAACAAAUUCGCCUACAAAGCCGAUGAUGGCUCGGUAUAUUUCGACAUCAAGAACUUUGAGACCGCUGGCUAUUCCUAUGCGAGACUCAAACCGGAGUCGAGAGGCGACAAGGAGCUCCAAGAUGACGGAGAAGGAGCCUUGUCGAAGAGUAGCGGCGGGAAAAAGGCCGAUGCAGAUUUCGCGUUGUGGAAAGCCUCGAAAGCUGGGGAGCCGAGUUGGUCUAGUGAAUGGGGUCCUGGGCGACCUGGAUGGCACAUUGAGUGCUCAGCCAUGGCAUCGGCAAAGCUGGGUAGACAGAUGGACAUACACUCUGGUGGCAUCGAUCUCGCUUUCCCACAUCACGACAACGAGCUCGCACAGAGCGAAGCCUAUUUCCAUGCCGGCGUCGAAAACCAAUGGGUCAACUACUUCCUGCAUAUGGGCCAUUUGUCGAUCCAGGGAUCAAAGAUGUCCAAGUCACUAAAGAACUUUACCACAAUACACGAAGCGUUACGAGAGAAAAAGGAGUGGACGUCAAGAAGUCUUCGAAUUGUAUUCUUGUUGGGCGAAUGGCGGAAAGGGAUCGAAAUCACAGACGAUAUGGUAUUGGAAGGCAGAGGGUGGGAAGAUCGGGUCGAUAACUUCUUCCUGAAUGCCCUUGACAGUCUCGAAAAGACCUCCAGCACAUCUUCGGAGCCGUCAGUCAUGGCAAGUCCUCUAAAGACCGCCGAAACCAAGACACGGGAUGCACUUCUCCGCUCAUUCGCCACGAAGGAUGUGAUGUACGCCAUUUCCGAGCUCAUCACCAUCUACAACUCUGCCGACAAGUCAACCUUCACCCGCGGUGACCACCACGCCCCGGCUGCCUUCAUCACUCGAAUGGUCAAUACGUUCGGGCUCAAUGGAUCCGCUACCGCCUCAUCUAGCGCGCUCGGAUGGGAGGGCCUGUCGCUUCCCGAAGAAGUGCAGCUAUUUGUGCGACCACUAUCGAGUGUGCGGGACCAGUUGCGGCAAGCCGCCAUCGCCAAGACCAUCACGCCUGCCAGGGUCAAGGAGAUAGUAUCCAGUAUCGCGAUACCAGAAUCCACAUUCAGCAAUCGUCCUCAACGACCUUCACCAGCUCGUGCUCUGAGCGACUUCCGAGGCAGUGCUCUUGCCGCUUCAGACAAGGCAGCGACAGGUGAUGCUGACCUGAAUAAGGACAUCCUUGCCCUUUGCGACCGCAUUCGCGACUUUGACCUGUGGCACCUCAACAUCUAUCUUGAGGAUCAAGAUUCUGGCGUUGCCCGUGUGCGACCCGUCACAGAGGGUCUGCGUGCCGCGCGCCGUGAAAAAGAGGAUAAGGUACGCGUAAAGGAGGAGGCCAAGAAGAAGCGCGAUCAGGAAGCGAUGGACAAGCUCAUGAAGGGCAAGGUCCCGCCGCAAGAAAUGUUCCGGAGUCCGAACUCAGAGGACUUCACCGAGUGGGAUGGAGAUGGCGUGCCUACCAAGGGAAAGGACGGCGAAGCCCUGCCUCCGAGCAGAGUCAAGAAGCUGCGGAAGGAAUGGGCCGCGCAGGGUAAAGCACACGAGAAAUGGCUGCAGGCGCUCAACGAGGGUAUUGUGAAGCUGUGA